UCAUUCCUUGUCUCUUGGAACUGCUUAGGCUUGCGAGCCAACCAAAGGAGUAGCUAACUAUAAAACCUUAGCCCAUGCACCAAGAUUCACAGGCCUCUUAGACGCAAAGAUCGACAAGCGCGUCGUCUGCCCAGCAAAUACAUACUCGGCCGGCCAUGGGAAGCUGCGGAACCAACUCCAACGGGCACGGCACAGCCGAGGUGCCGCGGCCGCACGCCCAAGGCCCUGCGGCUAUGCUCGGCAUCGGCACGGCGAACCCCACCGGCGUGCUAAUGCCCCAGGACGUCUUCCCCGACACCCUCUUCCGCGUCACCAAUAGUGACCACCUCACUGACCUCAAACAGAAGCUAACGAGAAUUUGCGGGAACGCGGGCAUCGACAAGCGACACUUCCACCUGACGGAGGAGGCGCUGGCGGCUCAUCCGGAGCUGUUCGACCCAGAGCUGCUGUCGCUGGACACGCGGGUCGACAUGACCGUCGACGCUGUCCCGAAGCUGGCGCAGUGCGCGGCGGCCAAGGCCAUCGCCGAGUGGGGCCGCCCGGCGACCGAGAUCACCCACCUCGUCUUCACCACCUACUCCGCCUGCGGCGCCCCGAGCGCCGACCUCCGCCUGGCCACGCUCCUCGGCCUCAGGCCCACGGUGAGCCGCACCAUGCUCAGCCUCCACGGCUGCUAUGGCGGCGGCAGGGCGCUCGGCCUCGCCAAGGAGCUCGCCGAGAACAACCGUGGAGCACGCGUCCUCGUGGCCUGCUCCGAGACCACGCUGGUCUGCUUCGGCGCGCCCGACGGCGGCAACCUCGUCGGCCACGCCAUCUUCGGGGACGGCGCCGGCGCAGUCAUUGUCGGGGCCGGUCCGUUCCUCGACGGCGAGCAGCGCCCCAUCUUUGAGAUGGUCCACGCCACGCAGACCACGGUGCCCAAGACCGAGCACGCGCUCGGCAUGCAGGUGUCCGGCGGUGGCAUCGACUUCCACCUCUCCAUCCAGGUGCCCACGCUCAUCGGACACAACGUCCAGGGCUGCCUCAUCCAUGCAUUCUGUGGUGGAGACGACGACGACAACGGUGGUGCUCAUCUUCCGUCUCCAUUAUCAGGGAACGGGAAGUGGAACGACCUCUUCUGGGCGGUGCACCCAGGUGGCCGUCUGAUCCUGGACAACAUAGACAAGGUGCUCAAGCUGGAGCCGGAGAAGCUGGCGGCCAGCCGGCGCGUGCUCCGCGAGUACGGCAACAUGAGCGGCGCGACCAUCGUCUUCGUGCUCGACGAGCUGCGCCGGCGCCGGAGCCUGCUGCCGGAGUGGGGCGCCAUGCUGGCCUUCGGACCCGGAGUCACAAUUGAGACCAUGGUGCUCCGCUGUCCACGCUAGCUGCAUCCAUGGCCUCCAGUCAUCAUCCUUCUCAAUAAAAGCCUACUUAAUUAUACCAUUAUAGGCGCCGAUGAUAGGAACACUUCGUAUCCUUCUCCGGUGGCACUUCGAGGAAGGAGUGCCAUGUUUUUUGACUAUUAUGAUUUUUAGUGUAAAGUUUACUUUUUACUGGUCGUUCAGCGUUCAGUUCUCUUUCCAUUGUACCGGCUUUGGUUUUGCUUGA